GAGAGAGAGAGAGAGAGAGAGAGAGUGAGUGUGUGUGUGCGUGUUGAAAUUUAGGUGGAAGAGCGGGCAUUAAUUUGUUCUUUAAAAGCCCCGGCGUCUCUUACAGAAAGUCACCCCAUCCAAGUCAGGAUCAACCGUCUGUUCUCUUGCUUUCAUUCUGCUCUCCUCACCUCUCGAUAGCCUUCCUGAUCUGAUCUCGUUCGUUCUCCUCUCCUCAUCUCUCGAUAUUCCUCCAUCCCUUCUUCUACUUUCCCCAAUGGCACCAGGAGCCACCCUUGAAGAAGACAACAACAACCCCACAACUAGCUUCCCGCAAUAUCUCUCUGAUCUUGACCUCAGCUUCACUAGCAGCUCCGCCUCCACUUCUUCCUUUGCCACCACGUUCGGCGGAGGCCCAUCCAGCGCCCGCAGCAGCCUCAGCCUCACCCUUCCCUCCUCCUCCUCCUCCUCUUCCCUCAACCCCCUCCCCCACCGUCGCCUCGACCCCCACUGGUCCGCCCUUCGCGCCGCCUCCAACCUCUCCCCAGACGGGGCUCUCCACCUCCGCAACCUCAAACUUCUCCGCCACAUCGGUUCCGGCAACCUUGCUCGCGUCUUCCACUGCCGCCUCCACGGCUUCGACCACCUCGACUUUGCUCUUAAAGUCGUCGACCUCGACGCCACCAAAAGUGCCCUUUCCCACGUGCGAGCCGAGGCACACGUUCUUGCCCGCCUCGACCACCCCUUCCUCCCCACACUCUAUGCCCGACUCGACGCCUCUCACUACGCCUGCUUCCUCAUUGACUACUGCCCCGGCGGCGAUCUCCACUCAAUCCUCCGCCACCACCCUAGUCAUCGCCUUCCGCUUUCCGCCGUCAAAUUCUACGCUGCAGAGGUCCUCCUCGCACUCGAAUACCUGCACGCACUUGGCUUCGUUUACCGGGACCUGAAGCCUGAGAACGUCCUCCUUCGCUCCGACGGCCACGUCAUGCUCUCUGACUUUGACCUCUGUUUCCACUCUGACGUCUCCCCUGUGCUUCACCGCCGGAGUCGUGGCAGAGACGCUGUAGAGCUGGAGUUCGUGGCGGAACCGGAGUCGGCUUUCUCCCGCGCAUGCGUGGGGACACACGAGUACCUCCCACCAGAGAUCGUCGGGGGCUCCGGCCAUGGUAACGGCGUUGACUGGUGGGCAUUUGGGGUUUUCAUCUACGAGUUAAUCUAUGGCCGGACGCCGUUCAAGGGAGGGAGCAAAGAAGCUACUUUGAAGAACAUUCUCUCCAGGGAGGUGGGAUUUCCCGACGCUGGGGCGGACCAACGACGUGCGGUGGUGACGGCAAGGGAUCUGAUUUCGCGACUGCUGGAGCGGGAUCCGCGGCGGAGGAUGGGGAGCGUGAAGGGGGCAACGGAGAUCAAGCGGCAUCCGUUCUUUCAUGGUGUGAGUUGGGCGCUUAUUCGUAUGAUGAAGCCGCCGGUGGUGGUGGGGCACGCCGGCAGCUCCGUGAGAAGGAAGGUUUCAAGGGAGCGAAAGCGGUGGUGGACGUGGAAGUGGAGCAGUUGUAAUAGUAAAAGAAAUGAUAAAAUUGUUGUUUACCGGAAGAAGGUGAAGGAAAUGAAAGGGAAACAGUGAUUCCUUGUUCUCUAGCUGUUAUGUUCACCUGUGUAGUUUUGGGAGGAGUCUUUGUACAGACAUGUGCUUGUAAAUUUCUUUUUUAAUAAUACCUAUUAAAUGAAUUAUUUUUAGCCUAA